CUGGCAGUGAAUGCGUUCUGCGCGCGUCGUAGUAAUAACUUGUUUCCUGGACAGAACGCAACGCGCUCCGUUCCAACUCAAAACGUACCCCAAUUUCAAAGAACAACAACCAUAUAGAACUGGAACAAUAACGAAACGAUACGAAACGAAACAAAAAGAAAUCUAAUCGCGGGGUGCGCAGUAAUCGGAAUCGUAAUCUCAAUCGUUUUGAUAGUGCGUGGUCCGCUAAUCAUAAUCCGUUAGUGGCUAAGAUUGAAACAGUGGGCCACAAAAGCGAGACGAAUAUGUAGUAUUGUCUCUGGACUUUUCUUAUUGGGCCAAGUGGGCAGGCAGGCAAGUGUUCAAUUAAUUGUUGGUAAUGAAAAAACUAAGCUGAAUGGAAAGCUAAGCUGACAGUAAACUCCAUUUAUAUGCAACGAAUUUGUAACAAGUCGAACGGAAAACCAGCUUGUCGCCUUUCAAAAAGAAAAACAAUAACAAGAACAGAGAAAAAAGAAAACAACAACAACUGCCAGCGAUCAGCAGGCAGACAGCAAGCAGCAACGGAACAGCGACGAAAACAAAGAAUCAAGUGGAAAACAAAGAACGCGAGCACAAGGCAACAAAACAAAAAGCAAAGACUGGAGCAGCAAUAACAACAACAACGAGAACAACAACGAGAGCAAGAGCAAUACCAGCAACAAGUAAUAAGAAAUAACAAAUAACAAAUAACAAAACCAGAACGCACAAGUAUCUAUCAGCUACAAACGACAACAACUCCUAUGUAUAGCGUGUCGGGUCGCAGUGGAAUUAAUAAUAAUAAUAAGAGAAGACGAGCACAAAAAAAACGGCAAUAAUAAGCUAAACAUUUUGACUACAUUUUUUGUGCGCAUUCAGCGUAAAUAGCGACAAAUUAUUAAUUAAGACGACAAAUGUUUGGCUGGCGUCUCAGUAACUGCAAGCCAGAGCGAGAGCAUCUUAUUUACAACAGCAAGUGCAAGCGAGAGACAGCAGCACUCAGAAGAGAGAGAGAGAGUGUGUGUGUUUGGGAGCGCGGCUGCAAUUUAAUUGUGCGUGUUUCAUUUCCAUUUCGUUGCGCACAACGUGAACAGCUGAGCUGCUUAGCUGCGCCGUCAACGUCGACGUCGCUAUUUCUGCUUGAUAAGCUUUUUGUUGCUGAUUGUUUUUUUCGUAUUUUCAAGUGCAUGCGAUCAACUCGAUCUUUGAUUUGGAUCUCAACACAAUCUCAUGCUCUCGCACGCUCACUCACACUCACUUACUAAAAAGACAUCUUCCGCAGGCCGUGUCAUUGUGUUAUCAGUCAAUGGCACGGAGCACAGAGACUUGCUACAUUUUCUGCAGCGCCAAACUAAUUUUAUAGCAAGCAGACGACAGUCAGAGAACAACUACAAGAACAAUUGCAUCGGUGCAACCUUCAAAAGCUUUCAACGCCUGCUGCUUGCAAACUGAAAUACUCAACCAGAAACUGAUACAGAGAUAAUGUCACAUGCCACCAGCAAUGAUGUGGCACAGCAGCUGCCCCAUCAAGAGGAUCUCACAGUGCAAAACAAAUCAAAGUCCAACACUUUGAACUCGCAACAUAAUGGAAACACAAUGGGCCUUGGAUACAGCAGCAGCUCGGAGACGUAUUCGCUGCUAGACAUGAUACUGGACGCCUUGAGUCUACGCAAUCUAUCGUCCAAGGAUAUUGGCUCACUGAUAAUGUUGGGCUUCAUGUUUCUGCUGUUUGUGAUAAGCGUGACCGGAUUCUUUGUAAUGUGGUUCACCGAAUACUAUAAUAAUACCAUGCUCCAGAAACUAGUACUCGCUAAUAAUUCGGAGACAGCCAAGAGUUGGAUGAAUCCAGAAACUGAUUACGAUACUGUACUCAAGGCCCACAUCUUCAACUAUACCAACAUUGAAGAGUAUCUGGACGGACGGGCGGAUAAGAUGCAUGUUGUGGAUCUGGGUCCAAUCACCUACCAGGAGCACACGGUGAAGGAUGAAGUGUCCUUCAACGAUAAUUACACAGUUACCUUUAGGGAUCGCAAAUCAUACAAGCUUCUGUCGAAUAAGUCAACAAUACGGGAAGAUGAUGUGGUGCUGGUGCCCAAUGUGCCCUUAAUCUCGGCUGCGGUGCAUAUUAAGCGGUUUCCUCUGCUUCAGCGUGCGGGUAUCACGAUGUUUAUUGCCCAGUUUUUGAAGGAGCCGCUCUUUAGGCGCCUGACUGUCCAUGAAUAUCUAUGGGGCUAUCCGGACAAGAUCAUCAGUAUGAAGUCUCUCCAGUCUAUCGGUCGCGGAAAGACGCAUUUUGGCCUACUGAGAACCCGCAAUGGCACCAGCGUGGACUCGGUUCAAUUGAACACUGGCGAAGAUGACAUCUCAAAGUUCAGCAUCAUCACACAGUUCAAUGGGAAGCCGCAGCUGGAUUUCUGGGAGGGUGACGAGUGCAAUAGCAUCAAUGGCAGUGAACCCUCCAUGUUCUCACCCAGCAUAUUGCAGGAACGCAGACCAGUGAAUGUCUUCCUGCAGGUGCUGUGCCGCAAGGUUCCGCUUCACUUUGAGAGGGAGGAGACCAUAUACGAUGACAUCAAUGUUUUGCGCUAUCGCACGCCAAUGGACGUGUUUGCCCAUCCUUCCGAGAAUCCGGCUAAUGAAUGCUACUGCAGGAACACCGAUCUCUGCUUGCCGAGCGGGGUCAUCAAUGCGACCAGAUGCUACGAUGAUUCGCCCAUCUUUCCCUCAUUCCCGCACUUCUUCUCUGGCGAUCCUGUACUGUACAAGAACUUUGAGGGCAUCAAGCCGGAGGCCGAACUGCAUCAGACAUUCGCCGAUAUCCAUCCGCGUUUCGGCUUCCCUGUCGGUGGCGCCUCCCGCGUACAAAUCAACAUAAUGGUGGACAAGACGCCGCUCCUGAUAAAUCAAGCUUAUCACCUGGAGAAUGGCACCAUCUUACCCCUGAUUUGGAUUGAGAUAACCGCUGGUGACCUUAACGACGACCUGCUGCGCACGCUCUACAUCAGCACAUUUGGCCUGGACGCCAUACAGCUGGCCCUCAAAUACGGCACCCUUUUGGUAUCGGUCACCAUGUUCAGCCUGAUCGUAGCGAGCGUUUACUAUCUGAACAGCAGGCGCGACGAACAGCAGCUGGAGCAUAACAAGUCCUCAGCCGAGCUGGAGGCUCUCAAUGGGGGACCAGGAAGUAGCGGCGUUGUUGUGGUCCAAGUGCAUGUGGCACACAGCGUCGGUCAUUCGCAUCAUGGGGGUCAUGAGUGCCAUUAACAAUUUGUUGUAGUUGUAGUUGUAGCUGUAGUUGUGGUUGAGAUUGGGGGAGCGGGUGGGGUGGGUAGCAUUAAGUAUGCAGCCCAAAGGAGAAACGCGUUAGUGUGCCUUAAAAAACAAAGAGAUUUUCGAAUUUGUCAUGAUGUAGCUUAGAUUAGUAUUAGCCUAGAACAAAAACUGUAGACUUAAUAAAUUGUAUAUAUGUAUAA